CUGCCUCAUUCUUUCUCCCACUUUAGUUCACCAAGUUGUAAGUGUCUGAAAUCAUUCUUGGUGAAUAAUGCUUGACCACUCUGAAAAUUUGUGGCUGAGGGCUGGACCCUCGUCAUCGCCACGCACUUUGUCGCAGAGACAGGUAACCCAUGGUUACUGAGCUCAGAUCAGUUAAGGGGCAGAGAGCCUCCGCUCCUCACUGCUCUAUAAAAGGGACCCAGCAAAGGGACCCUACCAGCUUCUAGCUCUAAGCCUGGGUGAGCCUGGGAAGCAAAGUCUGAGACCUCCGGAGCAGGAAGCACCAGCUGCAGAGCCUGGGGCGGCAUGGCCCCCACUUUCAAACUUCAGUGUCACUUCAUUCUGAUCUGCCUGCUGGCUCUAAGAGGAGAGAGCCGGUACCCGGAGCUGCGGGAAGCAGUGGACUACGAUCCUUUUCCACACCUCUCCGGUGGCGCCAGCCCUAAGCGGGAGCUGGAGGGGGAGCCGCUGUACAGCCGCGCUCUGCGGUGCGUGGACAUGCUGAGCCUCCAGGGCCAGUUCACCUUCACCGCCGACCGGCCGCAGCUACACUGCGCCACAUUCUUCAUCGCAGAGCCGGAGGAGUUCAUCACCAUCCGCUACGAUCUGGUCUCCAUCGACUGUCAGAGGGGGGACAUCCUGCAGGUAUUUGAUGGUUGGAUUCUCAAGGGGGAGAAAUUCCCCAGUUCCCAGGAUCACCCUCUCCCCACAACAGAGAGGUAUAUAGAUUUCUGUGAGAGUGGUCUGAGCAGAAGGACCAUCAGAUCAUCCCAGAAUGUGGCCAUGAUCUUCUUCCGGGUCCAUGAGCCAGGAAAUGGAUUCACAGUAACCAUGAAGACAGAGCCUAACCUCUUCCCCUGCAAUAUCAUCUCCCAGACCCCAAAUGGAAGGUUUACUCUGGUCGUGCCACAUCAGCAUCGCAACUGCAGCUUCUCCAUCAUUUAUCCUGUAGCGAUCAAAAUAUCCGAUCUCACCCUGGGGCACUUAAAUGGUCUGCAGUUAAAGAAAUCCUCCGCAGGCUGUGGGGGAAUAGGGGACUUUGUGGAGCUGCUGGGAGGAACUGGUUUGGACCCUUCCAAGAUGCUGCUUUUAGCUGAUCUCUGCUACCCUUUACGUGGCCCAGCCCAGAUGAAAGUUGGCUGUGACCACACGGUGCUGCGCAUGGUCUCCAGUGGAAAACAUAUAAAUCGCGUGACUUUUGAGUAUCGUCAGCUGGAACCAUAUGAGCUGGAAAACCCGAAUGGAAACAGUAUCCAGGAAUUCUGUUUGUCUACUCUUUGAAUAAACAAGUCAAUGAUUUCCAUGCUGCUAGCUAAGGGAGUUUUUAAUGGCUAUUAUAUAUGAUUUUGAUGAGCAGCUAGUUAAGAACCUUUCAUACCAGUCAGUAUUCCCAAUGUUGAACACAUAUCACACACACUAAUUUUUGUAACUUGCUUCUUUUUCAUUUGUUAUGUAAAUGACCCCAUGGCAGAAAAUAAGCCCCCCUCCCUUGGUAGAAAAGCAGUUUCCUAUAAUUCUUUUCUAUUCUUUCAACCUGAACUGGUAAGACAAGUGCAAAGGAAUGUGCAAUAAAAACUUGUAUCACGAGGGAAAAUACUACAAAGAGAUAAAAAUGAUGGUGUUAUCCGUUUUAUAACAGAAAAUGCAUGUCUGUGUAUACCAAAGUAGUAGCAUUUGUUUAGUUUCUGCUUAUUCUGUUUAUAGUAGAGAGUAGUUGUAGCUAGUAUUAUUUAUUGAUUUGUAACAGCUUGUUUGUAACAAACAUUUGUAGUAUGGAAAACCUUUUGCAGUCAUAAAUACAAGCAUGAAUAAACAUAUCCAGAAUGUUGGCACCUC